CAGAUACAACGUCACUUCCUCAAGUUAUUUUCAUUUGUCUGUGAGGCAAACGCCAGCAGUUAUCUAGCUAGUACCUUACACCAAAGAUAACGUUACUAUUUUAACUUACAAUAUAUCAGGGUGGAAACGGCAUUACCUUUUUUUUCUGUAAACUGUUGUACCCUGAAAUUAUGCAAGAAAUAUAACAACUACCAAACGUGUUAGCGUCAGCAAAGACAGGAAAACGUGCGUUUGCGAGGAGAAGUAACGUUAGCUAGCUAGUAUAGGUUAAUUGGCUACCUAUUGUUAGCUGCCUUUUCCCUCUUACCGUUGGUGUGGUAGUGUUGGCUAGCUAGCUGACUUACUCAGAAUUGUGUGAACUGAUGGAGUGCCCUCAUCUGAACUCAAACGUGAGCUGUCCUAUCGAUACCUCUAGGUUUCCUAACGGUACUCCGUCUUCCUGGUGUUGCAACGUUUGCAGGUCUAAUAAAAGUCCAUGGAUUUGCCUUACCUGUCUGAUGGUCCAUUGCGGAAGAUACGUCAGUGGACAUGCAAAGAAACACUUUGAAGACAGCCAAGUCGUUUGCAGUAGUCAAAAGAAGGGUGAGAAACAGGAAAAAGAGAAAUCCCAUCAUUCGGUCUGCAUGGACUGCAGCAACUACAGCAUAUUUUGUUACAGAUGUGAUGACUUUGUUGUCAAUGACACCAAACUUGGGCAGGUGCAGAAAGUUAGGGAACAUCUGCAGAGUUUAGAAAACUCAGCACUGAUGGGUGACAGACAGAGGAAAAGAAAACUCCAGGAAAGCCCAGCUCCAGACGGAAAGUUGUUGAAAGACAUUGAUGGGGCGGCUUUAGGUGCUACAGGCCUGCGGAAUUUAGGCAACACUUGCUUCAUGAAUGCAAUUCUACAAUCCCUUAGCAACAUCGAGCAGUUCAGCUGUUAUUUCAAGGAGUUGCCUGCAGUGGCUCUACGCAGUGGUAAGACGGCAGGAAGAAGGAUGUACCACACCCGAAGCCAAGGGGACAACAGUGUGUCUUUGGUGGAGGAGUUCAGGAAAACCCUAUGUUCCCUGUGGCAAGGAAGCCAGACGGCCUUCAGUCCAGACUCCUUAUUUUAUGCUAUAUGGAAAAUCAUGCCAAGUUUCAGGGGCUAUCAGCAGCAGGAUGCACAUGAGUUCAUGCGUUACCUGCUGGACCACCUCCACAGGGAGCUCCAGUACAGUCGCAAUGGGGCGUCUCAUUCACUCUCGCCUCAGGAUGGGGUCAGACUCUCCACUGCAGAAGGCAAAUGCUGCAUAAAUGGGACUGCCAGUGUUGUCACAUCCAAUUUUGGUGGCAUACUUCAGAAUGAAGUCAACUGCCUGAUAUGUGGAACAGAAUCUCGGAAGUUUGAUCCAUUUCUUGAUCUGUCUUUGGACAUUCCCAGCCAGUUCAGACAAAAGAGAAGUAAGGACCAGGAGCCAGGGCCGACCUGCACUUUACGUGACUGCGUACGUAGCUUCACUGACCUGGAAGAACUUGAUGAAACAGAGCUGUACUAUUGCCAUAAGUGUAAAAAGCGACAGAAAUCCACAAAGAAGUUCUGGAUCCAGAAGCUGCCAAAGGUUUUGUGUCUGCACCUUAAAAGGUUUCACUGGACGGCCUUUUUGAGAAACAAGGUGGAUACCUAUGUGGAAUUUCCACUGAAAGGCAUGGACAUGAGAGGCUACUUACUUGAGCCAGAUAAUUCAUUACCGGAAAGCUGCCUGUAUGACCUUGUUGCUGUCGUAGUGCAUCAUGGAUCUGGGGUUGGAUCAGGACAUUAUACAGCAUAUGGCAGCCACGAGGGUCGAUGGUACCACUUCAACGACAGCACAGUGACUCUGACCAAUGAGGACACAGUGAGGAAGGCCAAGGCCUACAUCCUCUUCUACGUGGAGAGGACUGAACAGGGGGCUUCAGACAAAUCGGCCAGGAACAGUGGUCCCUCAGAAGCAGUUGCUCAGGACAAGGCUGCAGCAGCAGACACGGUUGCCACAGACAUGGUUUUGAUGGAUGUGCCAGCCUCACACAUGAAUACCCAGGACGUGGCAGCCCCAGAUAAUGCUGCAUUGGAAAAUGUGGGUGAAGACAUGGCCGACAAAGCUUCAGUGGAGGCUGCGACAGAUCGGGAUACCUCAGACAAGGCUGCAAGAGAGGAAGCCAGCCAAGCUAUACAUUCCACAAUCAGAUUCUUGUGUACGUAUCUGAGAACUAGGCCAGGCCAGUGUAAACAUCUGGCUCAGUCCAGCGCUUGCCGCCUGUUGAGAGCCAUGACAGAUGGAGAGGGAGCGCCUCCAGCGUGUGCCUGA